AUGGAGAACGCACUUGCAACGGCUGCAGCCUGCGACCUGACUGGUAACUGGCACUGCCAAUUCCGCAUCAUCCUGUUGGGUGAUGCCACCGUGGGUAAAACAUCUCUGACUGGAGUACUGCCUCCGCUGUCUCAGCAAGCUUUGAUUGAUUGCUCCUGGGGCUUUGGAAACCAUGCUUGUGAUGGCGGCGAGGAGUGGUAUGCAUACGAGUGGAUCAUGAGACACGGCGGAAUUCCGAGCACAGAAUCCUACGACUCUUACCUGGGCCAGAACGGCUAUUGUCACUACAACCAAUCAGAACUGAUGGCAAAAGUCUCUGGCUAUUUCAAUGUGGAAUCUGGAAAUGCCACGGCCCUCAAGGCUGCUCUACACAAGCAUGGCCCUGUGGCUGUGAACAUCGAGGCCUCCCACAAAUCCUUUGCCUUCUAUGCCAAUGGCAUCUACUAUGAACCAGACUGUGGAAAUCACACCGUGAUGUUGGAUCAUGCAGUCCUAGCUGUGGGAUGUGGGGUUCUUCAGGGGGAGAGCUACUGGCUUAUCAAGAACUCCUGGUCCACCUACUGGGGAAAUGAUGGCUACAUUCUCAUGUCCAUGAAGAAGAACAACUGUGGGGUAGCAACUGUGGCCACCUACCCGAUCUUGGCCCGACAGCCCUCAAGAAUACAGCUAACUAGUCGAUAUGCAACUGACCUGCUAACUUUGGAAGUGGCAACUGAAUAG